AUGCAGACGCUCCAAUACAUGCCGCUGGCGCACCCGCGCGUGCGCGAGGUGGCGCCGCCACCGGCGCGGCCAAGGCUCUGUGCCCUGAGCAGCACCAGGGCGGCCCCGGCGCGGUUCGGCCGCGGCGGUGCUGCCGCGAGGCGGGUGCGCGCGGCUGCGGCGCCCGCGCAGCACCGCACGGUGGACAGCGUGAGGGGGGAGCAGGUGUGCGUGGUGCUGGGGACGCAGUGGGGCGACGAGGGGAAGGGCAAGCUGGUGGACAUCCUGGCGAAGGAGUACCAGAUGGUUGCGCGGGCGCAGGGCGGUGCAAACGCGGGACACACCAUCUACGACGACGCGGGCAACAAGUACGCGCUGCACCUCGUGCCAUCAGGCAUCCUGAACCAGGGCGCGCAGUGCGUGGUGGGCAACGGCGUGGUGAUGCACGCCCCGGGGUUCUUCGAGGAGGUGGACAAGCUGCAGGCCAAGGGCGUGCAGUGCGAGGGCCGCAUCGCCAUCUCGGACCGCGCGCACCUCCUGUUCGACCUGCACAAGGAGGUGGACGGCGCGCGCGAGGCCGAGCUGGCCGGGUCGAUGAUCGGCACGACGAAGCGCGGCAUCGGGCCGUGCUACGCGAGCAAGUCCACGCGCAACGGCAUCCGCGUCGGCGAGCUGCGGCACCCCGAGCAGUUUGCGGAGAAGUUCCGCGCCCUGUGCGCCGACGCCAUGAAGCGGUUCCCGGACAUCGAGUACGACGUGGAGGCCGAGCUGGCGCGGUACACGGGCCCGCUGAAGGACCGCCUGCUGCCGUACGUGACGGACAGCGUGGCGCUGGUCAACGGCGCGUACAACCGCGGCGACAAGAUCCUCGUGGAGGGCGCCAACGCGACGAUGCUCGACAUCGACUUCGGGACGUACCCGUUCGUGACGUCGUCGAACCCGUCGAUCGGGGGGAUCAUCACGGGCCUGGGCCUCGCGCCGCAGAAGCUCGGCGCGAUCAUCGCCGUGGCCAAGGCCUACACCACGCGCGUGGGGUCGGGCCCGUACCCGACGGAGAUCUUCGGGGACCUCGCGGAGGAGCUGCGCGCGGCGGGGUACGAGUACGGGACCACGACGGGCCGGCCGCGGCGCAUCGGGUGGCUGGACGUGCCCGCGCUGCGGUACGCGUGCGACGUCAACGGGAUCACGUGCGUCAACCUGACGAAGCUCGACGUGCUGAGCGGGCAGGACGAGAUCAAGCUGGGCGUCGGGUACAAGCUCGACGGCGCCGAGGUGGCCGUGCCGCCGGCGUGCGUGCAGGACCUCGAGCGCGUCGAGGUGGUGUACGAGACCAUGCCGGGCUGGAAGGACGACAUCUCCAAGUGCCGCUCGUUCGCGGACCUCCCGCCCGCGGCGCAGAAGUACGUCGAGCGGUGCGAGGAGCUCCUCGGGCUCCCCAUCGUGUGGAUCGGCGUCGGACCGGGCCGCCAGGACAUGGCGCUCAAGGAGGCGUGA